AUGGGAAAUGGAGCAGGGAGCUUUAGUGGCUGUUGCGCCGGGAAAACUAACACUAGAUACGAUGUCGGAGUAGAAACAGUUCAAGAAAACCUCGGCCACUCUUUCUGCUACGUCCGUCCAGUUCUCACCGGAUCUAAAUCUUCUUUCCCGCCGGAAUCUCCCCUCCGACCCGACCCGAUACCCGGAACUACGACAACUUUCCGUUCGAUCUCCGGCGCCUCCGUUAGCGCCAAUGCUUCCACGGCUCUCUCGGCUUCUCCCGCAUCAACAGACGCGUCUGGGUUAGCCUCCGCGUUCGAGAGCUCCAACAGAUUCGCCUCCUUGCCUCUACAGCCUGUGCCACGUGGUCCGAUUAAAAAGCCGGUUCCCGGCUCCGGUUUAUUCGAACGCCGGUUCUUGUCCGGUCCCAUCGAAAGCGGGUUGGUUUCAGGGAAGAAGAAGAAGAAGAAUAAAAGCAAAUCAUUUACGAAACCAAAACCUAACAAAAAGUUUCUUACAUUCAAAAACGUAUUAACGAAUCUGGUCACUAACAAUUUAACUCGUUCGAAGAAGAGCGUGAUCGAGCCAAUCACCAUGUGUUCCGAUUCAUCAGACGAAUCAUCAGACUCCGAUCAUGGUAGACCUGAGAUCAACUACUCAAGCACGAUCCUGAACAACCACGAGAAGAACUCUAGAACUGAAGAAGGAGAAGAAGAAGACGAGAAGACCAAGUCUGCUGCCUUGGAGGAGCCAAAGAUACAAUGGGCGCAGGGGAAAGCAGGGGAAGAUCGAGUUCACGUUAUUCUCUCUGAGGAAAACGGUUGGCUCUUCGUCGGCAUUUACGACGGUUUCAGCGGUCCAGAUCCACCUGAUUAUCUUCUCAAGAAUCUCUACACCGCCGUGCUCAACGAGCUCAAAGGGCUGCUAUGGAUCGAUAAAGCUGAAUCCGAAUCUAAGAAUCUUGAAUAUUAUAGUGAAAAUGAGGAGUCCAAGAUCGAGAAACAGAGUACAGUCGAGCAUGAUUCUGAUUCAGUACAAGAGAAGUGUCCUGUGAUGAAUGGGGACAAUGUUGUUUGCGAACCAAGUAACAUAACGAGUGACGUGAAGAAGUUACAAUGGAGGUGCGAUUGGGAGCAUAACUCAAGCCACGAGUCUAAUGAUAAUAUUAAAACGAAACAGAAGGAUUUGGAGACGAUUAACCACAAAGACGUCCUAAGAGCUCUUCAACAAGCGUUGAAGAAAACAGAGGAAUCGUUUGAUUUGAUGGUUGAUGAGAAUCCUGAACUAGCACUGAUGGGAUCUUGCGUUCUUGUGACAUUGAUGAAAGGCGAAGACGUUUACGUGAUGAGCGUAGGAGAUAGCCGAGCAGUUCUUGCUCGGAGACCAGAUCAGGGGAAGAAGAAGAUACAAAAAGAGCUUGAAAGAAUCAAAGAAGAGAGUCCAUUAGAGACCUUGUUCGUCACAGAAAAAGGAUUGAGUCUUUUGGUUCCUGUUCAGCUCAAUAAGGAACAUAGCACAAGUGUCCAAGAGGAAGUGACAAGAAUCAAGAAGGAACAUCCUGAUGAUGCAUUAGCGAUAGAGAAUAAUAGAGUGAAAGGUAAUCUCAAGGUCACUCGUGCAUUUGGGGCUGGCUUUCUUAAACAGCGAAAAUGGAACGAGGCGCUUCUAAAGAUGUUCAGAAUAAACUACGUGGGAACAUCGCCGUACAUCACUUGCUGUCCAUCCCUCCACCACCACAGACUCUCAUCACGUGACAAGUUCCUAAUCCUUUCCUCUGAUGGGUUAUAUGAAUACUUCUCUAACGAGGAAGCAAUCUUCGAGGUUGACUCAUUCAUCUCAGCCUUCCCUGAAGGCGAUCCUGCUCAACAUCUCGUUCAAGAAGUUCUCCUUCGAGCUGCCAAGAAAUAUGGAAUGGACUUCCAUGAAUUGCUGGAGAUACCACAAGGAGAUCGUCGGAAGUAUCAUGACGAUGUUUCGGUGAUUGUGAUUUCACUUGAAGGAAGAAUUUGGAGAUCUUCCAUGUGAAUAAUAUUAAGUAAUCUCUUUUGAAGAGAGACUUGUUAAAUUAGCUUUAGAAUUUUCAGUUUUUGGCGAUUCCACAAAAGUUUUUAAUAUCAUCAUUGCUGGGGCGCGCAUAUUUUUAAACUCUGCUCUGUGUUGCAUUUGUUUUUACCAAUUUACGUCAGUGAUAGGUGAAAAGUGAAAACUAUAUAUACAGUGC